AGGUGCAUUUUCUUCACGGUAAAGAAAGAAAGGCUUCUAUUAUUUUUUUGGGUGGAGGCUUGCCCCGAGGCAACACUGGUUCUCACAUGAGGCCCGGGAGCCUCCACGCUUUGGAAGCCAGUCCACGUUUCCUAGGCGAUAAGACACCCAGGCCAGCCUCCUCUGGCCAUUAACAGGCGAGGUAACCAAUGGAGAGGGACUUGGGAUGCUGAUGGGAGGGGUCAGAACGUCUGUUUUCCGCUAAAGGCUUCUGCUUGGGGUUUCUUAAUGCACAGCCUGAGUUGCCCUGGAAUCGGCUGGUGGCAGACACCUCCGCCCCCCACGCCCCCCCCCCAGGAUGGGGGACCCGGCCUAGGAGGAUCCACAAGGCCACGGUGAUGAGCUGCCCCGCGUUCGGCAAGGGCGAGGUGCCAGAGCGCGGGAGACGCCGCCGUUGGUACAAGGCUGCUCCGCGGCGCUCAAGGGAGGCCAGGUGGUUCGCAUCUGCAGACCCCUCUCCGGGUGUACAGUCUCCGGACCCCCACUCCCUCCCCCCCCCCCACCCCCAACUCGGGAGAAGCAGUUCCUGCGGUAGGGAGAACUGGGUUUAGCGAUUGCCACCGCUGGGACCUGGGCAUCCCGGGAAUCCGAGUCCUUUGAGGCGGUCUUGUUCGGAACUACAUUUCCCAGAAGGCCGCGCGGUGAUCGAAAGCUCCGCCAACCUAUGAACGGACAGGGCUUCUGGUCGCCGACACUGAGUAGCCAAUGGUAAUGAAACGGGGGCGGUGUUUUCCGGCUGCGGGCGCUCGAGCCCAGAGUCCCACCUGUGUCCCCACAGCCUUGUCACGAAUGCCGGUCGGGUUCGAGGAGGGACCGCCUGGGGCUUUGUGGGCCGGGUGCGGCUCGGCGGUGGAGGCCUCUCACUUCCUGCUCCAUCCCCGGCCGGGCCGGGCCGAAUGGUACCCAGAACUUCUCAGGUUCUGCAUAAUCCGUUCCUUGAGGUUGACACCAAAUCGACAAACCGGGAAAAGUCAGCAGUUCUCAUAACUGAUGUGAGUAUAAGCAAGUCCACAAUUUCCUCGCUUGCCCAGGAAGAUGUAGCCGGAGAGCUUUUUGCAAAAUCAAGUCUCCCAACCUCCGCCUCCCCCCCCCCCCACUGUACACUCUCUUCUUUGUUUAUCUUGUCCAUCAUAGACAAUGUGUUCCUCAAAAGGUUAAUGUUUCUUGUAGACGUGUUUGGGAGCUCUGGGCUUGACUUUGUGAUGUGAAUAUUGGCCGAGGGAAGGCUAAUGUAAAAACAGGGAACUGAUGACUCUCAGUGAUGUGGCUGGGGACUUCAGGGAAGAAUGGGUGCCCUGGACCCUGCUUGGAGAAUGCUCUUCCGGAUUGCCACCCAGCCCACUUAGAAGAAUGGGCUCUCCACCGGAUUUCCAGACCGAGUGUGAUCUCCCAGCUGGAGCAGAAAGAAGAGCCGUGGGUGCUACCACUCCAGAAUUUCGAGGCAAGAGGGAUCCUAAGGGAAAGUCACACAGACUUUGAGAACCAGGUGACAAAACUCAACCGGGACAUUUCAGAAAUAGCAGAACAAUGUGGAACAUCCUCAGAAAGGGCCAGUAAGGAUAUUUCUCAUACUCCUAGUUGGGGAGAAAACUGGAAGAGGGACCUUGAGUUGGAAGGGGAACAUGGGACCCGCCCAGGAGAGGGCCAGCCCGGGUCCUUUCCACAAGAGAAAGAUUUAAACGAGCACCUGGAUGGCUAUGCAGGAAAGAGGCCUGUGUGCUCAGAAUGCGGGAAAAGCUUUAACCAGAGCUCCUAUCUCAUAAGACACCUGAGAACCCACACAGGUGAGAGGCCUUAUAAAUGCAUCGAGUGUGGGAAAGGCUUCAAACAGAGUUCAGACCUUGUCACCCACCGCAGAACGCACACAGGAGAGAAACCUUAUCAGUGCAGCGGCUGUGAGAAAAAAUUCAGCGACAGCUCUACGCUCAUCAAGCACCAGAGAACCCACACAGGCGAGAGACCCUAUGAGUGCCCUGAGUGCGGGAAGGCUUUUGGGCGGAAGCCACACCUCAUGAUGCACCAAAGAACCCACACAGGAGAGAAGCCCUACACGUGUCUCGAAUGCCAUAAACGCUUUAGCCGAAGCUCAAACUUCAUCACCCAUCAGAGGACCCACACAGGAGUGAGACCUUACAGGUGCGGUGACUGUGGGGAGGGUUUUAGCCAGAGCUCAGAUCUGGUGAAGCACCGGCGCACCCACACGGGAGAACGGCCCUUUAAAUGCGCGGAGUGUGGGAAGGGCUUCAGGGACAGCUCUCACUUUGUGGCGCACAUGAGUACUCACUCAGGGGAAAGGCCUUUCAGCUGUCCUCGCUGCCACAAAAGCUUCAGUCAGAGCUCACACCUGGUGACGCACCAGAGGACGCACACAGGUGAGAGGCCGUUCAAGUGUGACAGCUGCGGGAAGGGAUUCGCCGACAGCUCUGCCCUCAUAAAGCACCAACGGAUCCACACGGGGGAAAGACCCUACAAAUGUGGCGAGUGCGGGAAGAGCUUCAACCAGAGCUCCCACUUCAUUACCCAUCAACGAAUCCACUUAGGAGACAGGCCCUAUCGCUGUCCCGAGUGCGGCAAAACCUUCAAUCAGCGUUCGCAUUUCCUCACACACCAGAGAACCCAUACAGGAGAAAAACCUUUCCACUGUAGUAGGUGUGACAAGAGCUUCCGUCAGAAAGCACACCUUUUAUGCCAUCAAAACACCCAUCUGAUCUAGGAAAUGGUCUGCUGCCCCUUCCAGAUUUUCAUUUCUCUGGUCUCCAGGUGCUCCAUGUACAGAAAGCCUGACCCUGGGCAUCAGAGGCUCAGGUUGGGCCCUGGUCUGUCCUCUUUUUCCGUGCUUAAAUGGCGGAGAUAAACCCAUAGGCUCCAAAUAAGAUUCUGAACACAAAA